AUGAUACUAGAACAGAGGUGGAAGCUUACAGGACAUUGGAGAUUCAAGACACUAAAAUACGGUCUGUGGGCUAUAUUCUUUGAUAAGGAAGAAGAUUGUGUCUCGAUUCUGGAUAAUAGACCGUGGAUUAUCAAUGGUCGUUUGCUCAUAAUACAGGAAUGGCCAGAACAGGGAGAUUGGAACAAUGUGGAUAUGAGCAAAGCCAUUUUCUGGGCCAAGGCAAUGGGGUUACCUACCCCUUAUCUCAACAGUAAUAAUAUCCCCACCAUUGCAGCUAAAGCUGGAGAAUACAAGGGCUGCGACAUAGUGAACCAGAAAGCACUAGCUAGAAGAGGAUUUUUAAAAUUUCAAGUGGAAAUUUCCACCAAACACCAGAUUGUCCCUGGUUUUUUUCUAGAUAUAUACAGAGGUCGAAAGGAGUGGAUUCAGUUCCAAUUCUUCAAACUUCCAAAACUAUGCUACAAUUGUGGCUAUCUUGGACAUGAGAAAAAGACAUGCAUAAGGGAAACAGCCUAUGCAUACCCUCCUGAAGGUGCGGCAGUUCUGGCUUUUGGUCCGCGGAUUAAAGCGGAGUCGGCGGUAAUUAGUUGCUUCAACACAAGGAAUCAAUUGACUCUGCUCAAAGAGGCCUCACACAAUCAAAUUCUGACUACGGGGAGAACACCGAUGGGGAACCGCAGAAGCCCUCCGAUGAACCAGGACAAAGGAAAGUGA